CCCAAGGGGUUGAAGAUGGCGGCGCCCGGGAGCUCUGAGCCCGGCUGGGGCCCUGCCCGCUACUGCCUGGUGAGCCGCAUCCCGGCCCAGCUCCGCUCCGCCCAGCUCCGCUCCUACUUCAGCCAGUUCGCCGAGGCCGGCGGCUUCCUCUGCUUCCACUACCGGCACCGGCCCGAGCGCAGCGGGCCCCCGGGGCAGGGGCAGGGCCCGGCCACUUGCUGCUGCCUGGUAGCGGUGCGGCCCGGCCAGGCCCGGCGGCUGGUCCGCAUGUACUCGGGCAAGCGCUGGCUGGAUGCCCAGGGCGACGGGCUGCCCGGCCGCUGCGUGAUCCGCAGGGUCCGAGUCUCCCCGGACACAGGCUUGGGCAUGUUCCAGUAUAAAACUAAAAAGGAGCUUCAUAAUAAGACCCAGAGUGAAACGUUUACCCAGGCAGACUUAAAGUGGCUGCCUGAACUGAACCCCCCUGUGUUUAUGCCCCAUGGGAAUGUGGGAACCCCUCUGAGAGUCUUCCUGGAGCUGAUCAAGGCCUGCAGGCUGCCUCCCCGAGUUAUUAAGAAACUGCAGCUACGAUUCCCCAAGACAGGAUCCUCUCGCAGGUAUGGGAAUGUGCCCUUUAAAUAUCAGGACACUGAGACUGUUGAACAAGAAGACCUGGUUUAUACAGACACGGGAGAGGAGAUCACAAUGGAAAAGGGACACCUGGCAAGAACUGGGAUGACUCAAACUAGUGAUGAGGAAGACCGGGAAGGACCAGGAAAGGAGGAAGCAGAAGAGUCUCACUCAGAUAAUGAUGAUGAUAGGUGCGAGGAGUGGGAACGACAUGAGGCUCUGCAUGAGGACGUAACCAGUCAGGAACGCACAGAGGAGCGGCUGUACGAAGAGGAGAUUGAGCUGAAGUGGGAGAAGGGAGGCUCUGGGCUGGUCUUCUACACAGAUGCUCAGUACUGGCAGGAAGAGCAAGGAGACUUUGACGAACAGACGGCAGAUGACUGGGAUGUGGACAUGAGUAUCUACUACGACAAAGAUGGCGGUGAUAAGGAUGCCCGCGAUGCAAUACAGAUGCGCUUGGAACAGAGACUCCGGGAUGGUUUGGAGGAUGGGUCUGUUUCAGGGCAACAGAUUGGGACCUUUGAGAAAUAUACCAAGGGUAUUGGCAGGAAGGUGUUGGAGAGGCAGGGCUGGAUGGAGGGACGGGGUCUGGGGAGCAGCAACUCUGGAAUGGCUGAAGCGUUGGACAGUGAGGGUCAGCAUCCCAAGUGCAAGAGAGGAUUGGGGUACCAUGGAGAGAAACUGCAGACUUUCAACAAGCCGAAAAAACCUCGCCGGGAUGGCCCCAUCCUCAUCUCCACAAUCUACGACGAGCCCCAGCCUGUAGACGGUGGGGACCAGCUACUCCGGCGCCAGCUGCCCACUGCCAUGAAGUACAGACAGGAUAUGGCGUUUGUCCGAGCGACUCAGAGUGCUCACCCAGAGCCCCAGUGGCUCAUGAGAGUUGCUGCUGAACAGAGACUUUGAGACUCAUUCAUUAGAGCAAUAGCAGAACCUUUUAUAUUGGAACAGCCUCUUCUGUGCUCCGUUGUUACCAGGAGGCUGACGUCUCCUGCUGUCUGAUCCUAAGCAGAAUGCUAAUAUAUUUUCUGGAAGAAAUACCAGACUCUUU